CCUCUAUUCAGGGCCUGAUUUAGACCUGGGACACCAGGUGGGUGAUUCUCCUCUAAUCGGGGACUGAUUUAGAUCUUGGACACCGGGUGGGUAAUUCCCCUCUAAUCGGGGACUGAUUUAGACCUGGGAAACCGGUUGGGUGAUUCCCCUCUAAUCAGAGACUGAUUUAGUGAUUCCCCUCUACUCAGGGCCUGAUUUAGACCUGGGUUAUAUUAGUAAUCAGGUAGAAGUGAAAACUGCAGAGUUCGUAGGGUCAGAGUUGAAUACCUACAGUAUGUUGGUUUCAUCUAAUAUGAGGAUACAGAGGAGCCGAGGAGAAGUGACUAUAGUCUACUAAGAGACAGCCCAGCUAGUGGUUUGUGGUCUGUGACUCAAUUCCUGUCAGAGAGAGACGCUGAGGAGAAAAAGACUUUACUUUCGUCUCUACACGUGUGACAGACUUGGUACUGUCCAAACCCAUAAGGUGAUAAAUCAUCAAUAUGCCAUCGAUCUGCAUUCAGAUCUAUGUCCUGGGCCUCCUGGUGCUGAUGGGGUCCAGAGCAGAGGAAGUUUCUGUUGAAGGCAGCAUAUCCAACAACUCCACCUCCACCCCUACUGAUACCCCCUCUACAGCCAGCCUGAGCCCCUCUACAGCCAGCCUGACCUCCUCUACAGCCAACCUGACCCCCUCUACAGCCAACCUGAGCCCCUCUACAGCCAGCCUGACCCCCUCUACAGCCAGCCUGACCCCCUCUACAGCCAGCCUGACCCCCUCUACAGCCAACCUGACCCCCUCUACAGCCCACCUGUCCCCCUCUACAGCCCACCUGUCCCCCUCUACAGCCAGCCUGACCCCCUCUACAGCCAACCAGACCGCCCAGACUACAUCGUCAGGGUUGACAGCCCUCAGCCAAUCACAGGGCAGGGAGACCACUGCGACCACGGAAACCACAACAUCAUUACCAGCUACAAGGGGAAGUGACAUUGCAGGCUAUGUAAUCCUGUUUCUCAUAUUGUUGGCUGUUGUGUGUCUGGUGGUGAUUCUCUAUAUCCUGAGGAAGAAGUCCAGGAGGUACUCGUUUGAUCUGCAGUAUCCAGGUUAUGACCACGACACCCCCCUCACCUGCAUGGAACAACCCGGAACCUUCGAACCCAACAAUGAUCAGGAGAUCUGGGAGUCUGAGAGAGAGGGUGGUGAUGAGGAUCCCCAUGCUAUGAGCCCUGUAGCUAACGGCUCAGCUAUGGGGGCUGGAGAGACUGGCUCUACAGGGGAGAACGAAGGAGAGAAGCAGGCUCAUGGUGAUAGUGAUGGAGACAGCUUCAACAACUUCUGUGCCAGUGAUGUCACUCCGCCCAUAAAAAGGGUUGGCUUUAGCCUGGACCUCGACCUGAGUGACAAGGUGUUACUCGGCUCCAGCCCUGACCUUUGACCCUUGAGUGACAUGGUGUUACUCGGCUCCGGCCCUGACCUUCGACCCUGUAUGUCCAGAUAACGUCUUCACCGAGAUCAAGAUGUACAUAGCACCUUUAUUUGAUCUAUAAAAUGUCAGAAUGUAAACGGCUCCAAAUCAGUUUUUACUUUCCUAUUUCUGAUACUGUAAUUCAUUUUAAUAAUGUUUUUUGAGCGUGACAAUACCAAGAGAGCGAUGCCACGUGGUUUUAGAAUAAAAAAAAUAAAAGUACUUAACAGAGGA